AUGCCACUGUUGUUAUCGGUCUCGCAGAGGUAUGUGCUGGCAGACAUGGCCCAGAGGAAGCUAUUAGGUUGUGCGCUGAACAAACAAAACACGGAUUUAGAUUUGCGUAUCUUGGUGGGCCACGCAAAUUUAUUGGAUAGACUGUCGCUCGAGGAAAGACGCGCGGACAGUCAGUGCGCGCACCAAGAGGACGUGGACGCUUAUAACUGUGCGAUAUCUGGAGAAUACUACUCAGACUCCGAGUCCGACUCGGAUUCGGACCAGGAGUCCACUCCAGACGAUUACAGCGGAGAAUCUGAUCCGGAUCAGGAUCUCGGUGCAGAUUCGAUAUCACAUCUCAUGGGGUGCCCCGUCAAGAAAACGUAUCGGGUAGUUCACUCAGAUUCGGGUUCCAACGCAGAGCACAGUUUUCAAGCUGCAACGACCACAUUGGUCGCCAUAACAGAGGAGGACGAGCUGGAUGCGGACGACGAGGACGAUGCCGUUCUCGAGAGACCCGUUCCUAGAUAUUUGUCCCGCGGAUCGGUCGUCUCGCUGUGUUAG